AUGAAUUCAUAUGAUUAUGACCCUAAUACCCAUCUCAAUCAAAUUUUUGAUGCACCAGAUACAUUAAAUCAAAUACCACAAGUACUAUCUCAUAUUCAUCAAUAUAAACUUAAUUUAUCAAAAGAAAUUGAUAAUUUACUGUCAAAAUAUGAUUCAACAACCAACCUAGAUCAAGAUAUAAAUCAAUUAAUUAAUAAUAUUAAAGAUGUGAAACAAAGUUCACAAUUAACUAAAAAUUCAAUAUCAUCAAUGACUUCAUCUAUACAAAAAUUAGAUUCAACAAAACGAAAUUUAAUAUUAUCAAUGAAUAUUUUUAAAAAAUUACAAAUUUUAAUAAAAUUAAAUAAUGAAUUAAAAGAUAUUAUUCAAACUAAGAAUUAUCAAGAAAUAUAUAAAAGAUUAACUGCUAUUAAGGAGCUAUUAAAUUUUUUUCAACCUUAUAAAUCAAUUGAUUUAAUAAAUCAAAUUAAUUUAAUGAUUAUAUAUACUCAAAAUAAAUUAAUUGAUGAUAUUUUUCUAGAUUUUGAAGAAUUUUUUAAAAUUAAUAAUAAUUAUGAAAAUUUACAAAAAAAUGAAAAUUUAUUAUAUGGUGCAAAGAUUUUGGAAAUUAUAGAUAAUAAAAAUAAAAUAAAAUUAAUAAAUUGGUUUAAUAAUCAAAUUUUAAAAGAUUUAAAAAAUAUUUUUAGUCAAUCUGAUGAAGCAGGAUCAAUUGAAAAUUUAGGUAGAAGAUUUAUUUAUUUUAAUAAAAUUUUAAAUCAAAUUAAGACAUUGGUUAUUUUUCCUGAAAAUUGGAAUAUAUUGGAUCAAAUAAUUAAAGAAUUCAUAAAAUUAACUAAAAAUGAUUUAUCUAUAACUUUAAAGAGUAGAAAAAUUGAUUCAAAUAUUUUAUUAGAUAAUUUAACAAAGACUAUUGAAUUUGAAAAAUCGCUUAACUCAAAUUAUUCAAAUGACAAUAAUUAUAAUAUUUCAUCAGUUUUUGAACCAUACUUACUAAUAUGGGUACAAGAACAAGAUAAAUAUUUAAAUUCUAAAAUUUUAGAUUUUUCAUCAGUAUCACAAUUACCAAUUGAAUUAAUAAAAGAUAUAAAUUCAAAUAUCCCCAAUAUUUCAAUAACAUCAAUAGAAUUAUUUAAAAUUUUUCAUAAAAUUUUAUCACAAAUUUUAAAAUUAUCAAAUGGUGAAAUAUUAAUAAAUUUAGCAAAAUCAUUUAAUAAAUAUUUAUUUGAAUAUAUAAAUAAAAUUUUAUUACCUAUAUUACCAAGAAAUGAUGAUGAUAUAAAUGGUAUUGAUUCAAUAAAAUAUUUAACAAUGUUAUUAAAUACAAGUGAUUAUAUGGUUAGCAACAUAGAAGAAUUAAAUGAAAAAUUUCAAAUUAUAAUAACUUCAAAUUAUAAAGAAUUUUUACCACAAUUAAAUUCAGAAAUUUUUCAACAAUUAAUUCAAAAAUCUAUAAGUGGGUUGCUAAUUAAAUUAACAAAUGAUUAUAAAUCAUGUUGGAGAGAAUUUUUUAAUAUUGAUUGGGAAAAUUUAGAUAAUGUAUCCGAUGUUAGUUCAUAUAUGAUUGAUUUAAAAAAAAUUACAUCAGAUAAUUGUAAAAUAAUAUUAUCAUUAAUUAUAAGAGAUAGUUAUAUAAGAAAUUUUAAUGAUAAAUUAAUUGAAUUAUUAACAACAACAUUAUUAAAUAAUUUAAAAUUUAAUAAAAUUUCAAAUAAUAUUAUAAAUUUAGAACAAAUUUUAUUAGAUAUUAUAUCAUUAAAAGAUUUAUGUUUAAAUUUACCAAAAUUGGGUCAAAAAGAAAUUUCAAAAUCUUAUAUAAAAUACGUAAAUAAUCAUUUUAAUGAAUUAGAAUCAAUUAUAAAGAUUCUUAUGAUUCCACCAACAACUUCCAUAGAAAAUUAUAUUGAAACUUAUUUUGAAAUUAUUGGAGAUAAAUCAAUAAAUAAUUUUAUAAAAUUAUUAAAUUUAAAAAAUAUUAAAAAAUUAAAUCAAAAAAAUUAUAUUGAAAAUUUUAAACUACAAUUAUCUAUUGAAAAUAAUGAAGACACCUCAUCAUUACCAACUCAACAAAAUCAUAAAAUAAAUCAUCUAUUAACAAAUUUACAAGAUGAUGAAAUGUUGGAUCCUUCACUAAGUUCUUCUCAAUUUUCAUCAAGUCCUACUCCAAUUCAAAUUCCAACUUCAUUACCAAUAAAACAACAACAGAUUGCAUCACCAGGUUCAAAAUCACCACAACAACAACAACAACAAAAUUUAAUUCCAAAAAUUAAUCAAUUUGAAAAAAAUAUAAGAGAAUUUGCAUUAAAUGGUGAAAAUCAUGUUAAUAAAAUUAAUUAA